AUGUCUCCAAACCCCCUGCUCUCCGCCGCGCCACCUCCCCGUCAGAGGGAACUCCUCUUCCUACCAACCCACGAAACGCAAAUCUCACCCGCAACCGUAGACCUCAAACAAACUUGGAUCCGCCUUGCUCGGCCACCCGCCCCACGCAAAUCCCCGCCACACUUCUCUCACACCCCCCUCAUCCGCCGUCACCCCACCCACCUCCCACCUCGGUCCAACAAACAACCACCCACUGACCCGCUCCCACCACAUGCACCGAACGCUUCCCACCCGAACCCUCUUAUCUCCCACACAGCGCGAUCUCAGCCUCUCUUUCCCCAACACAGCAGUCCCUUCACCGCCUCCCAACCACCUCCGAAGCGCCUACCCCUCCCCCCAACGCACGACAACAGCACCGCGAAAGCCCAAAUGCCUCACGAGCUCGCGCGACUAAAACUAGAACAAGCCAAGCCAGGCACCAGCCCGCCCAUUUCCAAUCCCACGACCCCUCACCUGCACCAACGACACCAAGCGCGGUCGGCCGUGCCGACACCCUCCCGAGGGGUGCCACCAGAUCGUAAGAUCCCCCGCCAGCAGCCCAACCCUACCUACCCCCCUCCCAAGUCGGGACUAUCCACCCUCAAUCCCGCCCAGCAAACCCAGCCUCUUUCCCCCACCCCUUCGAGAGGCGAACCCUCCAUUCUUCACCCAUCUCAUCCGACCCCGAAGCAGCCCCCUGCCCACCCAAUCUCCCCUGGACCUCGGCGACUGCCCCCAAACAAGAACCCCAGGGUCCCCAAAAGGGCACCGGAAGGAUACCAGGUACCCCCUUAA